AUGACGUCAGAGCCUGUACAACCCGACUUCUCGCGUGGCAACGGAAUCUUGCCGGCAGUCGCCCAAGAUGCAGAGACCGGCGAGGUGCUGAUGCUGGGCUACAUGAACGCCGAGAGUUACGCCGAGACGCUGGCGACCGGACGGGCCGUGUACUUCAGCCGCAGCCGAAACCGACUGUGGCGAAAAGGGGAAGAGAGCGGCAACAUCCAACAUGUUCGCCACGUGUUCGUCGACUGCGACGCCGACACCAUCUUGUUGCAGGUCGAACAGGUGGGCGGCGCUGCUUGCCACGAAGGCUACCGCAGUUGCUUCUUUCGGGAAGUGACCCCCGAGGGAACCAAGAUCAUCGGCCAACGGGUGUUCGACCCCCAGAAGGAGUUCACGAUGAAUCGCCAUCGAUAUCCGCGUCUGUUUCUAGCUAGCACAGGCUGCCUGGCCCUAAUUCUUAUGGGGAGCGUGGGCUCGCAGACCCUGGCCGAUGAACUGCCCAAGGUCUACGAAGACACGUUCGACGAAGGCCUCGAAGCGUGGGAACCGACCGACGCUAACGCCUGGCGAAUCGACAAGACCGACGAUGGUCCCGUGAUGGCGUUGCAUAAGCAGAGCAAGUACAAACCACCGCACCGCAGCCCGGCGAACAUCGCGCUGAUUUCCGACUUGGUGGUCACCGACUUCGUGCUCGAUGUCGACGUGCAUACCACCACGCGUGACUAUGGCCACCGCGACAUGUGCCUGUUCUUCGGCUACCAGGAUCCGGCGCACUUCUACUACGUGCACUUAGGGCAGAAGACCGACGAUCACGCCAACCAGAUCUUCAUCGUCAACGAUGCCCCGCGAACGAAGAUCUCGACGAAGACCUCUUCCGGCACCCCCUGGGACGACCAGUGGCAUCACGUGCGGCUGGUACGCAAAGUGGACGACGGGCUGAUCGAGGUUUACUUCGACGACAUGGAUACACCAGUGAUGACGGCCACCAACUCGGAGUUCACCACCGGACAAAUCGGUCUAGGCUCCUUUGACGACACAGGCCAAUGGGAUAACCUGCGCAUUCAAGCAGAAGUCGUUGAGUAA